UCACAUGCUGUCUCUCUCCGUGCUUGCUCUGUUCCUCUGCAUCCUCUGCAUCUCUCCUCUUACCGUCCCGGAUUCCUUGGCUGCUUGCCCCCCCUCCGUCUGCUUUGAUUCUUCGAGGGCAAUCGAGGAGAUUGUAGACAGAUCUUCAGUCAAAGAUCCGGUGAAAGAAUUUAGGGAUAUGCUUUUGCAUCUUUGAAGCAAAUCCGAUCCCAUCUAUCACCACCUAAGAUGAUCUUUACCGAUUCUCCGGACAAUCACCGGAACGAGAUUCUGAAUCCAGCAAAAGAUCAAAGUAGAAUCCGGAAGCACAGAGGAUCAACAGCGACACAGCUAUUGCCGUCCCGUUGGAGAAAUAGUAACCAAAAUCGGAUUUACUCUGCGAAGCUAUACGCUGCUCUGCGCCGCAUACGUCGUACCGAUUCUCCGAUGAAGCCAAAUGGCCGAUCCAUCAGAGAGGCCGCAGAUCGGGCUCUGGCGGUUACCGCUGGUGGACGAACGCGGUGGAGCAAGGCGAUUCUUUCCGGGGGCCGAUCCACCCUGCGCAAGAAUCGGCGAAUCCGGCCUGCCGGUGUUGGAGAGCGGCGGUCGAAGCUGUUUGGUGCGGGAAGAAGAGGGGGGACGAUUCCGGCGGUUGAGAGGAAAGUGAAAUUUCUAGGGCGGUUGGUUCCGGGUUGCCGGAAGCUGUCUCUGUCUUCGGUGCUCGAAGAGGCUGCCGAUUACAUCGCGGCGGUCGAGAUGCAGGUCCGUGCCAUGACCAGUCUUGCAGAAAAGCUUUCAGGUUUCGCCGGAGUUCCGGUGGCGAAUGCAGCAGAGUCCGCCUCUGGUAGUCCGAUUCCAAGCUGAUUCCUCGCCGCAUCCCUUCUCUCUCCCUCUCUCUCUUACCGUAAUGCGCCUGUCUAUUUUUUAUUUUUUUUUCUCCAUUUCGCCCGGUUAUAAAAUUCGUGCUAAUUUUUAUGUAAAUUAUUUGUUUUUGUAUUUUAAUUCCAUGGAAAUGUAUUUGAUCUGUGUUCAUCUCUCAAAUAAGAGCCCAGAAAUUAGUCUGAAUCA